AUGAGGGCUGUUAGUUUUGUUAAAAGACUGCAGUGGGAUUUACCUGGUACUGUAUGUAGAUAUGGUUUAACAAUAGGAGAUGUUGACAAUGAUGGUGAUAAUGAAUUAGUUGUUGGCACUGCAGAAGGAGAACUUUAUAUUUUUAAAGGUUUAGAAUUAUGGCAAAAGAUACCUGGAUUAGGUCUUGUAACUAGUGUAGCAAUAGGAGAUAUUUUUAAUUAUGGACGAAACGCAUUGGUUGUAAUAUGUGGAGAUGGCUGGGCACAUAUCUUUUAUAGCCCAAGAUCUGUCAAUCCUAGUAUCAUCAAUGCAACUUCUACUCAACAGUUAAUAAAAGAAGCAAAUGACCAAGAUAACAUAAAACAUGGUCAUGCAAACAUGGAUAUAGAAACAGCUGUUAAUAUGACAAGUUCCUUAAGUUUAGAUCAAGUAGAUGGCAACAACGAACUUAGCGAAUUAUCUGGUAAAAUGGAAUGUGUCCAUGUACAAAGAAUUCCGACCAAUACAAAGAUGGUUUUAGUAGCAGAUGUUGAUAAAGAUGGUGCAAACGAGAUGAUACUUGGUUUGACUGACCGUGUGGUUAGAUCCUACAGAUGGUCAAGCAAUUUAGAAUUAGGAAGAGGAAAGUUAGUUGGAUUAAAUAAGUGGGAAUGUGCCAAUCAAAUAGGAACAGUCACAUUACAGCAUAUGGCAGACGGAACACCAACUUUGUUAGUUGCUCAACCUGGCGGAACGUUUAUGCGAAUUAAAUGUAAUCCAGAAGAUUGCCAUUUAGAGGAAGAAACUCGCCACCAAGGUAACGAAACAGCAGCGAGUUGCGUAGACUAUCAGACGUUAGGAAUAUCAAGAAUGCGCAAUCAAAAUAUUUCAACUGAAAUUAUUGGAAAUCUGGAGUGUAUAGUAGAGAAUAAAGUGUCGAAUUACGAAUUCAAAGAGUCAUUGUUCAAAUCAAGUGAAACUCAACAUGGUAAAAAUUUGAAAUCUGUCUCGUUAGAACUUAAAAAAAAUAACUCACAAUCGGAAGUAAGGAAAGACAGCUUUAGUACUGCGGAAGGACGUAGGAAAAGUUUAACGACUGAAAAUUCUAAAACGAAUCCUAGUCGAGAUCAAAUUGACGGUAACGUUCUUGGAGGCAACAUAAUUAUUGGUGAUUACGAUGUUAAGUCGGAAAAGGAUUCUCUACUGCCUACAUACAAGCAUUUUUCGCGCCAAGAUAUUGGCAGUAACAGUAAGACAAACGAUUUAAAAGGAAAAAGUCAAACUGAAAUUGAUGUGAACAUACAAAAUAAUUUAUUACAAGGAAAACCUUACGCUCUUGCUACUUUAGAUGGGACAAUAAUGUUAGUUAAGGAUGAAAUCAUAUUAUGGUCGAUGCAAGUAGAUCAUCAGAUAUUCGCUUUAUGUCGCUUAGACGUAACUGGUGACGGUUCUGAUGAGAUAGUAGCUUGCGCAUGGGAUGGGCAAACCUACAUCUUAGAUCAACAACGCAAUAGCGUACGUUUUCAAUUUGAAGAGCCAGUUAGAGCAUUUUGUACUGGUAACUAUAAUGUUACUCCUGGUUUUCCAACACCUUGUCUGGUGUAUAACAGUUUCAAUAACAAGAUUUUUCUUUAUUAUGACGUUACGCUUCCAAGCAUGGUCACUAAGCCUUUGAAUCCAAUAGAGGAACUGGAUUUCGAAGAAAAGAAAAUUUUAGAUAAUCUCCUAGGGAAUUGUACCGAUAUAGAGAGACAACAAAAACUACAGGAGUUAACAGAAUGGUUGUUGUAUGGAACAUCUUAGAAACAACUAACGUUGUAUAAUUAUAUACAAAGAACAGAAAAAUAUAUACAGAUUCUUAUAAAUGUUAA